AUGGAUGAAGGGUCAACAGUGUCGCUGCUAGACCAGAAGGUAGCAGAAGAAAUCGGCGCUCAAGGAAGAAAGGAGGAACUGGUCAUCGAGACUGUUGGAGGCAGGCUGAUAAGGAAGGAAGACUCUCAGAUGCUGGACCUUACGGUGAAGGGGAUUCAUCAGAAGACCAAGAAGACCUUGAGAAGAGUCCGGACCAUCGACGAGUUGAAGCUUGCACCGCAGUUCGAAGAAAAGAAAAGGAUAGAAGAGUGUCAACACUUGAAGAAGAUUGCUGACUCUCUAUAUUAUAAGGGGGAGUCACCACAGCUGCUCAUCGGUCAAGACAACUGGGAGCUAAUCGUGACUCAAGAAGUAAGAAGAGGGAAACCAGGACAACCAGUCGCUUCAAGAACAGGACUUGGAUGGGUGCUCCACGGGUCAGACACUGGAGGCGCGAAAGUGAUGCACUUCUUAAACACGUGUCUACAUGUCAGCACGCCAGAAGAAGAGAUGCAUCAAGCCAUCAAGGAUCACUUCGCAAUCGAAGCACUUGGAGUACUACCAAGAAGACCCACUACGGAUUCAGAAGGAAGAGCACUCACCAUCCUAGAGAAGACCUGCAGAAGACUAGAAGAUGGUCGAUUUGAAGCUGGACUUCUAUGGAAAAAUGAAGAUGAACAGAUGCCUGAAAGCUACACGUCUGCCAAGAACCGAUUGUUCAACAUUGAAAAGAAGAUAGACAAAGACCCUCAGCUGAAGGCAGAAUACAAUAAGCAGAUCCAGCAUCUAAUCGACAGCAAGUAUGCAGAAGAAGCACCUGGUGGACAAGAAGAUUCAAAGAAGACAUGGUACCUCCCUCAUUUCUCCGUGGUACAUCCAUUGAAGAAGAAAAUAAGGAUCGUCUUCGACGCUGCAGCCAAGUCUAAAGGGAGAAGCCUCAACGACGCUUUACUACCGGGACCAGACCUACUGCAAUCGCUCUUCGGGGUAUUACUGAGGUUCCGGCAAGGCCCGUUUGCAGUGGCAGCCGACAUAAAGGAAAUGUUCCUGCAAGUUCGCAUCCGGCCAGAAGAUAGAAACAGCUUGAAGUUCCUGUGGCGAGGGGAUCGUCGUGACGUAGCACCGAAGGAGUACAGAAUGACAUCAGUCAUCUUCGGCGCGACAUCAUCUCCUAGCACAGCGAUCUACGUGAAGAACCGGAACGCGGCGGACUACAAGAAGCAGUACCCAGAGGCAGCAAAGGCAAUCGAGCUGAACCAUUACAUGGAUGACUACCUGCACAGCUUCCAUUCAGAAGAGGACUUCAAGAGAAUUACAGCGCAGGUGGACUUCAUUCACAAAAAGGCGGGCUUCGAACUCCGAGGAUGGGCGUCAAACCACUCCGACCUGCUGCAAGACGUGAAGACUGAGUCAGUUGAGAAGACAGAGGUGGACCUUGGUGAGAAGGAAGAGAAGACACUGGGACUACGCUGGUUUACAGAAAGGGACUCCAUAGGCUUUAGGGCGAACCUUCGGAACACGCCAGAUGAAGUGGCACAAGGACUCAAGGUACCUACGAAGAGAGAAGUCACCAGCGCCGUGAUGUCGACCUUCGAUCCACUAGGGCUAGCAUCACCAAUUCUCAUCCAAGGCAAAAGGCUGCUCCAGAACAUAUGGCGAAGUGGCGUCGGUUGGGAUGAAGAGAUAGAAGAAAAGGAGUACGAGUCAUGGAAGACUUACCUGGAGAAGAUGAAGCUGCUCCAAGACCUU